CGGGUGGGCGGAGCAGGUCGCGAUGAGUGGCGGAGGGACGGAGACGCCUGUGGGUUGUGAGGCCUCCCCGGGCGGCGGCGACAAGAAAAAGGACUCGCUGGGGACCGCGGGCUCUCCAGCGCACCUCAUUAUCAAGGACCUUGGAGAAAUUCAUUCAAGGCUUUUAGAUCACAGACCAGUUAUUCAAGGUGAAACCCGUUAUUUUGUGAAAGAAUUUGAAGAAAAACGGGGUCUUCGAGAAAUGCGAGUUCUUGAAAAUUUGAAGAAUAUGAUCCAUGAAACAAAUGAACAUACUCUUCCCAAAUGUAGAGAAAUAAUGCAGGACGACUUAAGCCAAGUUCUCCAGAGAUUGCAAACAGCUUCUGACGCAGUCUGUAGACUCCAACAGAAGGAGCAGGAACGAAAGAAGAUUCUUAAUGACCAUUUAAUAGCUAGUGAAAAACAGCAUAUAAUCCAGUGGGAAGAUUUCAUGAAAGAACAACACAGCAAACAGGCUGAAGUGGAUGAAGAACACAGAAAAGCCAUGGAGAGACUUAAAGAACAGUAUGCCGAGAUGGAGAAGGACCUAGCAAAAUUUUCAACCUUUUAAGAACUUGAACCACAAGAGUGACAAAGUAAUAAGAAAACAUUGACUUCCCCCAAAAAACUGUUCCCACCAAACCAUUUAGCCUCUGCUUCAAGCUUAGCAAUAUAUUCAGUGGCACUCCUACAUCAGAAGAAAGAAAGGUCUUACUGGAGUCUUAAGUGUUUAAUAGAAGAGAGCUACAUCUUUCCAGUUUUAAGUGCCUACAUAUGAUUAUUUGAAUGGGGAGGAGUAGCAGGAAAAAUGGUACAAAUUUGUUUUUUGUUAAUCAGAAUUGGGUGUUCUUUCCAUUGAUCAUCUCAGAGAACUGUUAAGUACAGGCUUCUUAGAAAAAUAAUUUAAUUCAUUCUCACACAGAGUGAACAGUAGUUAUUUGACUUAGAAGCAGAUACAGUAGCUACCUGUCAUAAUGUCCUUGGCUAUUGGAAGAGUGUUAUACAGUAUUAUUCCAUGAAUAAUGUAGACAAAAACAACUGUCUUUGGAGCAGAGAUCAUAUUUAAGAGAGGGGACAGUCAAAACCUUGUCUCUACUGAGGCAAAGAUGGCCACGUUGGCCUUUGAACUGCCUGCUGGGAAAGGUUACAGAUUUUGCAGUUCAGCAUAAUGCCGUGUGUUUCACUGAGUGACAAAACACACUUGUUAAAUUUUGUGGCCUUCCGGCACUUAAUAUUUUCAACUUUUAAAACAUACUUAGAAGGAAAAGCUUACCAAAAAUAUAUUUGACUUUCAGCCUUUCCAAGAACCAUAAUCUUGUCCGUAGUAUUCACCUCAUUUACCUCGUUUUUGUGUCUGUUUUGCUGUGGGUAAGCUUUGUAAGAUAAAUAAUGUCCAUACAUGUUUCAGCUGUUUAAUGAGUAAUCAGCAGAAUCUGCCAAGGAGUCCCUCUGGAACCAUAUAAAGAUUCUGGCUCUGAAUAAACCAGAAGUGUUUGCCCACAUAGCAAAUGAUCCAUGUUAAAUGUAAAUCCUUUUUUAGUGUUCAACGUCUGUUCUCAUAAGCAGGUGUAUUAUGAUGAAACAUGUACCAAUUCUGUCAUCACUGUGAUCUUUAAAAAAAAAAAAUCUGCUUUUAACAGUCUAAUUGAGGAAUUAAAUUGAUUUUUUUAUUUGCCAUAAACCAAGCAAAAUUAAAUGCAAUAAUUUCUUGAGAUUUAUGGCAAAUGAAUUUGAGGUAUGGGUAAAUCUUUCAAAUAUUUUUUUAGUGCUCUUCAGUAAAGAAAGGGGCAGGAAAGAAAAUACCCAACUCUCUUGUGUUAUCUCAGUCUUGCUACUGCAGAAAAGUGACAAUGCUUGCUUGUGUAAAUUUAUGGCCCCCUGUCAAAGCUUCAUUCUUGGCUCCAUGUUGAAAAUGUGAUUAAAGUUAAUAGAGGAGAUGAAA